AUGAAAGACGAUCUUCUCUUUAAUCUUGAUCAUGGUUAUGCUGAAGGUUUAUGUCGUGGUUUUAGAAGUGGAAUUUUAAGCAGCUCGGAUUAUCAUAAUUUAGUACAAUGUGAAACACUUGAAGAUUUACGACUUCAUCUUGCAUCAACUGAUUAUGGUAAUUUUUUGGCUAAUGAAUCAAGUCCAUUAACUGUUAAUGUUAUUGAUGAUCGUCUACGUGAGAAACUUGUUCAAGAAUUUCAACAUCUACGAAAUAUUUCUUAUGAACCAUUAUCAACAUUUCUUGAUUAUAUAACAUAUUCUUAUAUGAUUGAUAAUAUUGUCUUAUUAAUUACUGGUACACUUCAUCAACGUCCAGUUACUGAUCUUUUACCACGUUGUCAUCCUUUGGGUAUUUUUGAAACACUUGGUAGCAUUACAAUUGCUGAUACACCAUCACAACUUUAUAAUGCUGUACUUGUCGAUACACCAUUAGCUCCAUAUCUUACGGAGAAUGUUUCUGAACAUGAUCUUGAUGAAUUAAAUAUUGAAAUCAUACGUAGUACACUUUAUAAAGCAUAUAUUCAAGAUUUUUAUAAUUUUUGCAAGAAUCUUGGUGGUAUUACAGCCGAAGUUAUGUGCGAAAUUCUUGCCUUUGAAGCUGAUCGUCGUGCAUUUAUGAUUACAAUCAAUUCAUUUGAUACAGGUCUUACACAAGAUGAACGAGCAAAACUUUAUCCAGAAUGUGGUCAUUUACAUCCCGAUGGUUUACAAGAAUUACGUCGUACUGAUAGUUAUGAAGCCGUACGUGAUGUUGCUGCUCGUUAUCCUCAAUACCAUGCAUUAUUCGAAGGAACUGGCACAAAUACAGGUGAUAAAACAAUUGAAGAUAAAUUUUUUGAACAUGAAGUUAAGCUUAAUAAGAAUGCAUUUCUUCGUCAAUUUCAUUUUGGUAUUUUCUAUGCUUAUUUAAAAUUAAAAGAACAAGAAAGUCGAAAUAUAAUUUGGAUUGCUGAAUGUAUUGCACAUAAACAUCGAGCACGAAUUGACAACUACAUACCAAUAUUUUAG